CCGGGCCAUAGCCCGUGACAUUCGGCCCGCACCAGUCCGGCCCACCUUUUGUCGCAUGGCAACAUGAGCGAUGGACUCAACCGGCAGCCAGGUGGAUGCCUCCCCGGCAGCGAAGCGGCGCAUGAGCAUGCGCUUCUCCGAGGGCGUGAGGAAGGUGAUGCCCAACCUACCCAACGUCCAAGGAGAUCGCCCGCCCUCAGCGCUCAUCUCUGAGAUGACUCCAAAGGAGCAUCCAGGGAUAGGCACUCAGAUUUUCGAGGUGGUGAGUGAGGCCGUCAAGGAUGACUAUCACAAGCGGACAGGGCGGGGCUGGAACUACGACUUGUGGCGUGCCGCCAAGAUGGGCAACGCGGACCAGGUGAAGCGUGCGCUCCAGGAAGGCGCCGAGCAUACUUACGAGGUUCAAGCCGAUGAUCUGGAUGAGGAAGCGUUGGAGUACAAGAUGCGGAAGGUGAGCUCGAAGGCCAUCCAUGCUGCUGCCCUUUGCAAGAAGCGCAGCGAUGCAGGAGAGGAGAAGGCCUACGAGUGUGUGAAGUUCCUUGCGGAGAAGAAGGCAGACGUUAGCUCGAAGGCGUUGAUCUGCGACGGCGGUGGCAUUCGGGAGCUGGAGGCGAUCCACAUGGCAGCAGGGCACGGCAACGCAAGGACAGUGGAGCUCCUGAUCCUGCACCGUGCGGAUCCCAACGCCCAGGCCACAGUAGAUGGCAAGGCGCACUACGCGCCCAUCCACGACGCGGUGUGGUUCAACCAGCGGGACUGCGUGGAAACGCUGCUUCACAACCGUGCCGAUGUGUUUGCAAAGAACAACGAUGGCAACACGGCGCUGCAUCUAGCGGCGAUGCUGGGGCACGCUCGCCUGGUGUGGUUUCUGCUCUACGGGCGCCGGGAAAAGGGCGAGAAGAGCGUCCUCAAGGGCAAGGACGAGGCGGUGAAGGAGAGCGCCAUGAAGGAGAGCCUGCAGUUGGUGAAGCGCAAGAACAACAAGAACAAGGACCCACUCACCAUGGCCGUGGAGAGAGGGCACUUUCCGGCCAAGAAGCUCCACCUCUUCACUUCCUGCCUAGAGGAGGACACAGGCCGGGUCCAAGCCUUCCUCCGUGUAGCCAUGACCUGCCCGGAUGCUGCACCUAAACUGGUCCGAACCGCGCCCAGGCUCGAGGAUGUCGAGAGCUUGGAGGACCUUUGCGAGGACGAGCCGGGCUUCAACAUGCUGGAGGCCAAGAACACAGAGAUCUCCGAGGACUGGCGCAAGGCGAUUCAGACUGGUGCACGGGACGGGCAGAUCCAUGUUUCCACCUUGUGCGGCCUCAUCAACCACGCGCCACAGUCAGCCAUCGAUUUGCUCGAUAUGCUGACCGUGGAUCCGAAGGUGGAGAACAAGCAGCACAACCCCUUGCCGGUCCGCGCCAACAUCCCCUUCGAUCAGGAAGCCUGCCGCUUGUCCUGCGCCUACGUGGAUGCCAAGCAGUGGACCUGGAACCGCCAGGCCAAGUCCACACUCCCCUGGCAGGCCAAUCUGGCACCUCAGGACCCCCUGCGGAGCCAGGAGGUGAAGGUGAAAAUGCUGCAACUGCCAGGUAUCAUGAACUGCUCUUUGGUCCAUAGCCUGGCAGUGUCGAAGGACCAGCGGAUCUUUACGAAGCUGGUGGUCCAUGCGCUGCUGAAGCAUUUGUGGAGAUCCUUCAGGCCGAUGUUUCUGGUGGACUUGGGGCAUCAGUUCCUGGCCACGGUGGUCAUCAGCUACUGGAUCCUCGUCGCGGGCCAGGUAGAUACGCCGGCCACAGUGCGGUGUGGGCUGUGGGGCCUGCUGGCAGCGGAGGGCAUGGCCGAGUGCAUCAUGUAUGUGUGGACCUGCAUCAACUGCUACCAUUCUCUAGGUCGAAGGCUGCUGAUCAAAUGGAUGAAACGUGCAUCCUACCGGGCUGUCAUCGGGGUGUGCGCCCUGGCCUUGGCGGUGGAAACCCGGGAGGACUUUCAGCCAUCGCAGAACAGCUCCAUCUUGCUCUCCAUUAACAGCCUGCUGCACUGGAUCACGAUGCUGUUCGAGAUCCGAGCGUUUCGCUCCACAGGGCGCAGGAUACUUCCCAUCAUGAAGUCCGUUUUGCCCAUUGUGGGCAUGCUGGUCAUCAUGCUGUUUAUCAGCCUGGCCUUCAUGCACGCGUUUUGGGCCAUGGAUCGGUCUGGCAUCAAUUCGAUUUCGAUGUUCAACAUCGUGGUGCUGCUGUUUACGGGCGAGCAGUUCUUGUCCCCUGAAGACCUUCUCGGGAUGGAAGAGGGUAUGAUGAACGCGAUGAUCAUUUUGUCCAUAGGCGGAGUCUUCAUUUUUCUGACCUGCACCAUCAACGUCUUCAUCGCCGUGCUCUCCGACUGCUACGACCAGGAGCAGGAACGGAUGGUGUGUACCUUCCUCAAGGAGAGGGCCCGGAUCUGCAGUGGCUACUUCCUGCGCCCAAAAUUCAAAUCUUCCGGCUUCGUGCACAUCCGCCAGGGGAUCCUGACAAUGAGCUGGUGGCGGUGGUGCCUCUUAACAGCUCUCAUCGUUGGGCUGUACAUCGCAUUGGUGUACGUCAUCGCCGAGACGCGGUACUUGACGAUUUGGCUCAGUGCCAUCUACCCUGCCUCCGCAGUGCUAUGCAUUCAGGCAAUCCUGCGGGACGUGGCAUCUGUGGGGUGGAAGCAAAACUACCUCUGGUUUUGCACCGAGACGGGAGUUGAGGAGGAGAUGUUCUUGGCUCCUGAGCAGAGAGACGAGGAGGAGAACAACGGCCGCAUCACCCGCAUGAAGAAGUACAUACGCGAGAUGAUGAAGGACUACGAUCUGCGGAUGAUCAAGGCACUUUCAGGCUCGGUGGAGAGAUGGACGCAGCUGACGGCGCAAGGCAUUGCUCAGCAGCAUCUCACACUGGAAGAUGUGCAGGAAAAGGUCGGCGUUCUGCUUACCGGUGGCCAGCCCCCAGCGGAGAAGAUUCCGCUGCCGCGGUUCAAGCGAGGCUUGAAAGAGAAGAUCCUGUUCGACGCUCUGGAAGGCUCCGAAAACUCCUUCGGCCUGUCAGUCGAUAAGUUGAUGACUCCUCCAAAGUCGCGCGCUUUCGGCCAUCCUCCUCCUCCUGCCAAAACCAUGUGCUGCGAGAACUGCGUGAACUGUCACGCCUGCAAGCCACGGGAAUUGCAAGAUCUCAAGGAGGAAGUGAGUGGCAUGAAGGACAGCCUCGAGGAGCUGAGUCAGAACGUCGAAGAGCAAAAAGAGGUUCAGGAGCAGCUGCAAAAGAGUUGCCAGGAGAUCCAGCAGCUUCUGCAGAAGGUGGUGGACAUGGCGGAAAAGCGACACCGCAAGCCCAGCCCAGGCGUUCUGCCAAAGGUCUUUCCAGGGAAACAUUCUCCGCCAGGCCUCAGAGCGGCUGUGGAUCCCCCUCAAAUUCCCGAGCUGCGGCUGGAUGAGGCCCUUGGGCAAGGACGCGGCAACAGCGUUUUUGUUGACGGCGGGUGAGCAGCAAACAGGCUCAAUCGUGUGCUCGCGUUCCAUCGCGCGCGCGGUGUUUUAUGUUGUUCUGCGCGCAGCCAGGGGACUGUUCUAGGUAAUUCUAGGU